GCGAUCGGUCCAAUGAAUUUAGAAUUGCUUGGACCCUUUUCAACCCCAAUGGAGACCGAUGUUCGGUUAAUUACGGAGGAAAGAUGAUUGGGAGUGGUGGUUGUUUGAUCCGAGUGUAUGGCUCGGUGGUUGUUGGAGGCACUAUGAGGUUGCGAGCAAGCAUAGCGUGUUGGGUGAGGCGCUAUUACAUAGGUAGAGGCAAGGCGUUACGAGUCGGGUGA